GCCUGACAUGUUUAUUUACAGUUUCGUGUUUACUUUUGUUUGCAUAUUUAUAGCUUUAAAGGGAAAUCUGGCUGCUGGAUUGAGAAGGGGAUUGCUAAUGAAAGGUUGAAGAUUUCUAUAACAAAUUGAAGAAACAUCAUGGGUUCAGUUUGUUCCUGUUUCACUGUUCGGGAUGUUGGAGGGAAUGCUGCCUCGAAUGAUCAAAAUCAUACUUUCUGCAAGUGUUUCAGUUGCUGCUUUCAGAACUUAAUUAAUAAGUGUGGAACCAUAUUUGGGCAAGCACAAGGAACUGCUGGGACUUCAGUUAAUCAAGGCCCACCAUCUUCGACUGCUCCAAAUGCCAUAAACAGUUCAUGUAAUACAAUCAGGUCUCAGGAUAGGCGUUUACCAAUUAGUGCUGCUCCUCCAAGACGGCUUCAAAUACAAGAAGAUGUUGCAUUAAGACGACAGGACAAAGGAACAAGUCAUUCACGAGUUGAGCCCGAACCAGAUAUAGAUGCUGAUAUUGAAACAACACAAAAGCUUCUAAAAGCAGGCAAUCUGCUUAAAUCAGACUCUGCUCAUCAAGGCCCGUCAUCUUCGACUGCUGGAGUUACCAUCAACAGUUCACGUAAUACAAUCAUGUCUCGUGAUAGAGGUUUACCAAAUACUGCUGCUCCAAGACAGCCACAAAUGCAACAAGAUGUUGCAUUUAAACAACAGGACAAAAGAACAAGUCAUUCACGAGUUGAGCCUGAACCAGAAGCUGAUGUUGAAAUAACAGUAGGAGCAAACACAGUGCUUAAAUCAAACUGUGACGGAGGAUCUAAAGAAUGUUGUCCAGAGAUCAUGGUGACAGCUGUUCCAUAUGUCGUUUGCUCAUCAGAAGAUGAGGAUGUAUGUCCCACAUGCCUCGAAGAGUAUACACCAGACAAUCCCAAGAUAUUUACAAAAUGUUCUCAUCAUUAUCACCUCAGCUGUAUAUACGAGUGGCAAGAGAGAAGUGAAACAUGUCCAGUUUGUGGAAAGGCAAGAUUUUCUUAA